AUGGUCUGGUUCCCUGGUGAUGGGCUCAUGAGAGCUCUGGCAGAGCAGCUCCACCCCAGGACGCGUAACAGGAGACCUAGUCAUAGGGGAGGACUUCACUGGGGGCUUUCCUGGAAUCGGUGCGGGCUUCUGCUCCUGGCACGGGGAGCUUUUGGGUGCUACCCACGCUGGACUUCACUCAAAACUCCCGAGAGGCUGCCCCUUGCACUUACUGCCUGCCUGUGUGUCAGGCACGCACACGCUCAGGGUCCGUUCGCUUUUCAGUUACAAUGCACUCCAGAUUGCCCACGCUGCCGCUCCCGUUCCGGUCGCUCACACGCGCGGCAGCCGCCCCCGGCGGGGGCAUCGGCCGGCCGCACUCGGCCUCAGGGGGCACGCGCCCGUGCAAGCGCGGCGGGGAUUGGCCGCGGGGAGCCGCAGGGGGGCGGAGCCGCGCGGCCGGGCACGAGCCGCAGCGCCGGGCGGGCGCGGCCGCUACGUGCGAGCAGCGGGGCCGCCUGCCCCCCCCGCCCGGCGGCGAGCGCUGGGUUAUCCCCGCGCUGCGGGGUGCACCUCGUGGCGAGGGGUCAGACCGAGUACCUCCGUGCGCGGCGGCGUACCUUCGUGGUGAGCGCAGGCUGCGGGCGGGGCGCGGUAUGCCGGCAGUGCCCGACCGACACCUUCUCCAGCGCGGCGGGGCUUAGCGGCUGCACCCUGUGCCGGAAAUGCGAAGGAAGAUUCAAGUAUUUAAGAGAGUGUUCUUCAAAAAGCGAUGCUGAAUGCACAUGCAAGGAGGGGUAUCGCUGCAGCGGCAACGGCUGCUCCCGCUGCGACCGAAGCUGCGGCGUGGGCCAGGAGAACAAUGGGAGUGGUUGCCAAGCUUGCCGCUAUGGAACUUUUAAUGAUCAGCCCAAUGGCUCCUGUAAAAACUGGACAAAGUGCUUUGCAGACCAGGUCCUGGAGCCUGGAACUGCAGCAAAAGAUGUCAUUUGCAAAUACGCUUCAGCUAAUCCUACUUUAGUCACUACUUUGCCUACCAUGUCUUCUGCAAUUCCACUUUCUAUCACUGUGCCAGGGAAGGACCUCCAAGAGGACAUUAUCAGAAUUUCUCUUACUGUAGCUGGGCUGUUGUGCAUAGUGUUUCUGCUACCUUCGUGCAUAUGCUUCAGUAUCUGGCAGAAAAAGAAACUACAUGCUGUCUUCAAGAAAAUUCAUACCACACCUGAACAGUCAAUUCAAGAAGAUGAUGCCUGCAGCUGCCGCUUUCCUGAGGAAGAACAAGGUGAAUGUCAGGACUGUGGCAAAUCCACAGAAUUCAGAGAUCUUUUGGUGAACUAGGAAUUGGACUGUCUAGGUCAACCACAUACGAAUUUCCUUUUGGAACACAGAACAAAAGCCUAUUAGAUAAAUAGAGAGGGUAUCAGAAUCUGUGAAUUUCAGAGUGCUAAAUAGCCCAGCCACAGAGGAAAAAAUUAAUCUUUUCCAUCUCUUAAAAAAAUAAAAAUAAAAAAAAAAAAAUCUAGCUUGCAGGCUUUCUUCCUCUAGGACUAGGAAUCGCAUUUCUAAGAAGUGGUACUUGGUCUGCAUAUAGAAAGCAGUACUGCACUUAAAAGCAGUAAUAGAAGGGCAGAAUGGCUUUCUGGUCCCUCUUAAAAAUGGUGCCUAAGCCAUAAUUUAUAUGCAGUCUGAAAGCAUUUGAUGCUAAAAAGGAGGUCUGUAGAACAUAGAGCCACGUGUGACACCCAUGGUCUUUAUUACCAUUACCAGCCAUCUUCUUGAGUCUAGAGCUGCAGCUCCUCUUAAACUUUGGCUCAAACCCAUGUUGGGGUUUGUGUGCAAAUACAGAUAGACUUAAUUUCAGAUCCCAUCAGCCCUAGAAACAGAUACUUGGCCUGACCACUGCACACCUUAUAUGUGGGAGAGAAGCCAUAAAAAUCUAAAGCUGCUAAGUGUUUCAUAAUAGUUUGCCUCUGCUGUUGUAUGACACUUGAUUGGCUUGAGAGGCAGUGGAAACACUGAGAAAAGCUGUGGUUGACUUAAUCUUGGGAAUAGAUGUUACUGUGCAGCUGGACUGCACCACCUUCAGUCCUACAUCGUUAAAUUUUAAUCUUUUAGGUGAUGUAAACAUAUGUACGUUGCAGAUGUGGUAUAUGUAGAUGUGAUACAUUGCUGGUACUAUUUUUGUAACUGAGGUUGGAAAGAUUUCAACAUCAAACACUGUAUCUGUCUCUUUGAUCAAUUACUGUUACUUUGGUCUUAAAGAGAAAAUGCAUGUUUGAGUCAUGGAAUUCACAACAUAAUUUUUAACCUUUUACAAAACCAAAUAUUUUAUUUCUUCAGUAAAUGUUAUUCAAAAAAAUAGAAUGAAAACCCACCAAAUAUGUCAUGUAAAGGGUGAUUUUCCCCUUUAUGCUGUUUCAACUUAGACAACGGUAUUCUUGUUUGAAGAAUAACAGCCCAUUUCUCCAUUCAGCAGAAGAUUAUGAUAACAGAUUAUUUUCACCAAACCACACUUACACAUUUUGAUAAGGUUCUAUAAAAGUAAAUAUAAAACAGUAUGUGAAAAAAUAAAUGUCACACCAAAGCCUGAACUGUGAAAUUAAGUGUAUUUAAAUAAAUCUUUCUUUCAUCCCUA